AUGGCCCUGAGCUCCUGGACCCCAAAACGGGGGUUUGGCGAGAAGGUGGUACGGGAGGCCGCCGUCACUACCGGCCCUUCGCUGGAGUUAUGCACCUUCCCCUCCACCCUGGGCUCCCCGAUCGCGGCCGCCGCGCUGGAGCAGCUCUUGGUUGUGGAACAAUCACUGCAAAGUGACUAUUUUAAAUGCAAUGAAGAAGUCAGGACCUUUCUUAAGAACAUUGCUGUAGCUGUUAAAAAAUUGGAGGAAAUGAGAAAAGACACAAUUGAUCUUCUGGAAAUUGAAAGCAUGGAGCUCAGCAGACUGUACUACCUAUUGCAAACUCUUCCCACUACCAUUAGCAGUGAAUUUGAAGAAUGUGUCAGAGAUGCUCGCAAAUUAAAUCUUCUUGAGAUAAAUGAAAAGCAAAUGAGAAUUACAAGGAUGAAUAAUGAAACAGAGUUUCUGAAGAAGGAAAUAAUUGAUCUGAAAGAAAUUAAUGAAGCUCUAGGUAUGAAGCAGGAAGAGCUAUCCAGGCAGCACAAGAAGUUUGUCCUGUCACUCAACCGAACGAUGGAGGAAAAAGCCACUGCCACUGUUUAUAUAAAUGAGAUUUUUACCCAAACAAACUUGGACAGAGAAGACCUAGAAUUGCAAAAAGCAUGUAUUCAAGAGACAAAAGAGCGAAUGGAAAAAGAAAAAGCGGAAUAUCUGAUGAGAAAACAACAGCUGACUACACAGAUUGACGAAUUUAAAAGAAACUGCGAACUUAGAAGAAAGGAUACUUUACAAAGAAAGAAAGAAUUGGAUCAAACAGUAGCUAAAAUAUCAAAAAUAAAAGAAACAAUUACUACCAGCACAGCGGUUAUUAGUGAUCACAAUCUAGAGAUAGCACGACUACAUGACUCAAUAAGGAUUUGGGAAUAUCAAGUUGAUGAGCUAAGGAAAGCCUGCAAGAUCCUGGAGGAUAAAAUUUCUUCAUCCAUCCUUUUGCUCCUAGGAUACCUGACCACUCCACAUCCAAAUUCUUCUCCCUCUGUUACAAAGCAUAACAUCUCCCUCCUCCAUCUGAUACUGCACCCAUUCCCCAAGGUGGGUGAAAAACUACACAAAAUUCAACAAGAAAACAAAGAGCUACAACAGAAAAUGCAUACUCUUAUCAAGCAAUAUAAGAUUGUCUUAAGCGAGGAGGAUAAAGUCUUUUCACAGAAACGGAAGAUCCAAAACGAAAGUCAGAAACAACUGAUAUUUAUUUCUGAAAAAGAAAACUUCCUAUCACAAAGAAGAGUAGACAUCAAAAAUAUGGAAGAUGGAUUUGGCACACUCCAGGAACUUUAUCGAGCAACAAAGGAAGUACUUCGGACACAAAUAAAAGUCUUGGGUAAUAACCUGGAAAGAGAAACUCAGAGAUGUGUUAUAAAUCAGUGGAGAUUAGCUUGUUUGAGAAAAAAGCAUGCACGUUGGACAAUCAAGAUAAAGGCUGAAAUAGAAGAACUUAUAGCAGGACUUAAGAGAGCAGAAAUUAGACGAACUGACUUACUUGAAGAGACCAGUUUGAGAGAAAAGGAGAUCUGUGAAUUUAUGGCAGAGAUUGAAAGACUUUCAACAGAAUUGAAAGAAGACAAGCAGAAAUUUGUUAUCAAAGAAAAAAAGCUAAUACAAGAGUUAAGCAAGUAUGAGGACAUAUAUAUUAAGGAAAUACAAAUUAACAAAGAAAAGGAAGAAGAACUAGUUGAGUGUCUUCCACAACUUCAUGAGGCAGAAGAGAUGUAUAGAGAAAAAAAGAGAAAGCUGAAAGAGCUCAAUAAUAUUGUCACAGGUACAUGUGAAGCAUUUAGUAAUCAGCCUCGGUCCCAGGAGAAAGUGAAGCAAGAAUUAAAACAAUCACGAGACCAAGAAACCAAAAAAAGCGAAGAUCACUUUGAAAUUCUAAAGAACCUAGAAAAUGAAAUCUAUGUACAUGACCAAAAAGUAGACCUUUUGCGUCUAGAAAAUAAAAAAUUAAAAAAAUAUAUUUUAUACAUGAAGAACACCACAGAGAAAUACACAAAAGGAAAACAAGACCUUGUGCGCUCUUCAGGUGACCUGUCGUGGCAACUGAUAGCUGAGCACACACACUAUAAAGACUUGUGGGCUGAAUUUAAGGCCACAAUGAAGGACUUGGUAGGCAAUGGUGAAGAGAUCUUGAAAGACAUAAAACAUCUCAUAAAGAAGCUGUGCGAAAGGGAUGAAAAAAUCGAGAGCAUCAGUACUUGGCUAAAAGGGAAUCUUGAAGAGUUGUAUACUCUCAUGAAACAGGAAUCACCAACGGACCUUCUUCAAAAGAAGAAACACAUUCGUACUAAAACAGUCCCUUUCCUAGCAGUUAAGUGUACUGGGAAAACCAGAUUAACAAAGAAUAAGUAA